AUGGAAGAUCUCUCAAGGGCUGAGUACCCAGCUAUGCUGGCAAACCUCCAUCCUAAUCAAGCUGUUCAUGCUCUUAACGACCGAGUCAAGCGCAUUUCCAAAGUCAACACCGAGAUCGCCGAUUGGUUACAGGAGCGUCGGAAAGUAGAGGAGCAAUAUGUCCAAGGUUUAAAGAGGUUAACCCAGUUUCGGGUCCCGAAUGCGCAGUCGGAACUUGGGACUUUCCAAGCACAAUGGGACAAAAUCAUCCAAUCCGCCGAUGCCCUUGCUAUGUCGCAUCACAUAUUCGCCACCAAGGUCGAGAAGGAUGUUGAGAUACCCCUACGAAGCUUUCACCAGAAGAAAGAGAUGCUGAACCUUCAAACCAUUCAAGGCAAUCUUCAGAAUAUGGCUAGAGAACUAGAAGAUGCCCAAGAGCGAACCGAUAAGCUAAGUAGGAAGGGUGGCAAAGCCAGCGCCCAAAAGGUAGAGCUGGCAGCUGGGAAGCUCGAGUUUGCUACUCAACAAUGGGAAUCCCAAGCGCCAUUUAUUUUCGAAUCUCUGCAGGCCUUAGACGAAAGUCGAAUGAAUCAGUUGCGUGAUUGUCUUACCCAGUACGGCACUUACGAAGGGGAGCAAGCGCAAAGUCACCAAUCCGAAGCCGAAACGGUACUAAAUAGUUUAUUGGACUAUAGCACUGCAACCGAGAUCCAAAACUUUGUAGCUAAGACGACGGCUGGCCGGCCAAAGAUCGAGAAGCGAACAACUACGGGACGACAAUCAUCCAGCUUAAGCGGCGGCAAUUCCUCCCUAGCGCCUCCUAGCAUCCAUGCCCCAGCUGCUGACGAUCGUAGCGAACAUUCCGUCUUUAAGGACGGGCAAACGGAAAAUAAGCUGCGCAGUCGCAUCGGCACCAUGCUCGGUCGGAGACGACAGAGCAUACAUGGUGGUUUCGGACCGUUGUCGCCUGCUAAAGGCCCUUUUGGAAGGAACAUCAAAAGUAGUCAUGGGCUAUCCCCUAGAGCAUCAUCCAGUAACCUUGGCGAUUCGACAAACAGGCUAGGGUCGCUUGUGGAAGACCCCCUUACGACCGAGACACCCUCUCGAACGUCCGAGACAAAAGAAAAGACCAGUCAUGAUGGCAUGAAUGGUUUAGGCCGUGACGGCUCUACCGAUGCGGCCCCACCAGGAACGGCAACAUCGCAAGCGUCGCACGUAAAUGGCACAUCGAUCCCUGCUGAUAUCGCAGAUGUGCCCCCUCCGCCAGGGCCCCCUCCAUCUCAAAAGGAACCAGAAAAGGAUUCCGAGGGUUUCAGUGUGCCAGCUCCGUCUAACGAUCCUAUCUCCCAAGCAGAGAGGGAGGCAGCCGCACAAGAAGCCGAACAGAUAUUCAAGCUCAAUAUCCAGAAAGAGCCCGUGGCCGAGGAGGACCCAGAAGAAAAGAAAGCAGCGCUCUCAAAUGUCGCCAACAGCCUUUCAGCUAUGGGAAUACCAGCUCGGAAAGGGGGUACUAUCAGAGGCCGAAGAGAUGUACGCAAUACUAUCUACGUUCCUGCUCCCGUUUCUGAAGGUUCUGCAACUGAGCACCAACACCCUUUCCCUUCUUUACACGCUAUAUCGUCGAAGCCUGCCGGGGUUACUACCCUUGCCUCCGAAGCGAGCGUUGCAGGUACAUCGGAUACUCAGUCAGUCCGUUCUGGAAACUCAUUGAGUAGUACUAUUCACGUAAAACACCCCGACAUGCAUGAACCAGGUCUCAACUCUUCCGUCAUGGAGACGGUUUCGGCAACAUUCGAAAAUGGUGAGAUUCAGGGUGUGAAGGUUAAUGGCGAGAUUGCCUUCUCAUACAACGCCUCGGAUGUUUUUAACUUGCCUAAUCAUUUACCUAUUCGAAUUAACAAUUUCGCUACGCUCGACGUCAUUGGUCCUAAUCGUAUUUUCGUCACGAAUGAUACCCCUGACCACCCAGAGCAAUUCACCUUGGAUCUUUCUCAUCUUCACAAAACUUCCAUUGGCUUCUCUUAUAGGCUUCACGCAGAUCCAGACGCUACUUCUGCAGAACAUGUACCGGUUCUCGUUCACCCUGUAUGGAAGCCACAGGGAGAUAAAUUGGGAUUAUUGCUUCAGUAUAAACUCAACCCGGCUUUUAAACUCGCUCAUGGUGGUUCCAGCGUGCAGGUGCAUAACCUAGUCCUCUUUGCUACAUACGAGGGUAAGGCAUCAGGCGCUCAGACUAAACCAUCUGGGACACACCUCAAGGAUAAACAUAUUGUAUACUGGCGUCUCGGCGAUGUCACCCUGUCUCCGGAUGCGGACUGGCAAAAGAUCGUGUGCCGGAUAAUAGGCGACCAAGGCGUAGAGCCUAAGCCGGGCGCAAUUGAGGCUCGGUGGGAAGUCAGCCUACCAUCGAGUUUCGUUGAGAGCGCGAAUGCUAUAUCAGUGUCAAAGUUCGAAGAGGGCAAGAGCAAGGAGGUAGAGCUCACCGAAGACGACCCGUUCGCAGACGAUACCGCUACCGUAGAGGAAGGCAAGUGGGUCGACGUGCCUACAGUCAGGAAGUUAGUAAGCGGGAAGUACGAGGCGAGGUAG